GGCUAGUGUGUGGUGAGCCCCGGAAACCUCAGUGCCCACAGACUUCUCUUGUGGGGAAGCCCGCCCAAACUCCAUCCUUUGCAGGCAGCCACGCCCCACAGGAGGAACUGAAAAGCAUUUCCUUGAGGCUGGCACACCUUGCCCUACCCAAACCGGUCAUUUUUUUCUUUCUUUCUAGCUGGGCCAGUUCCAUCUGAAACCAGAGUGACUGGAAGAGGGGCACGGUAGUGAAUGGAGGUUUGGAGGUACAAAGGCUCCUUGUGGUGAUGUUGGACUCAAUGAAUAAUCCAGGAUAACCUUCCUAUUUUAAGACUGUCUUCUAUCCUCCUCUGCUGGGCACUUCUCGUCGGGGGGCAGUGUGUGCUAGAAUAGGCUGGAGGAGAGGCCAGAAUACAAAACUGAUCUUACUUAUGAGGGGAAACACCAAAAGAUUUUCAAUGUGCCAGAAGUGCCCCCUUUAGAAGAGAAAGCUGAGCAAAAUAAGUUGCAAGAGGAAGACUGAUUCUUGAAAAUACAAUGUGACUGACAACGGUGGGAACAAGGUGUUUGAAAGAAGCCGGGGAGCAGCACGCGCAGGUGUCUUCUGGAGUAUUAACCAGGAGAUACCACCAGGCAGAAAGCAAGUUAUCUAUACAAGUCUGACUCUCUGGAUUUGAAGAAGGUUGCCUCUUCAGUGUGUCCUUCCAUUCAUUUUGUCCCCUCUCAAGUUUGUUUUAGUAGAAAGGUGGAGCCUGGGCCACUAAUUCCUAGGUCAGUGCUCCCAUCCUCUGGGACUUCUGGCCCCUUCCUGACCUUCAGGCUCACAGUGGAAGAUUGCUAGUCCUGGAACCUGGGCCCUUUCCUUCAAAAAGCAGAAGAUAGAAAAUAGGACUGGGAUCAGAUCCAGGAAAGUGAGCAAACAAAGAAAAUGACCAAAGAUUUCAUAAUCUGAACGACUUGGUCCUCAGGAAUUCUCAGCCGCACUCUGCACUCUCUGUGGAUCAAGCGUAGAAGUGGACAGCUGUGUGGCGAUGGGAGAUGAGAAGCGCAUGGCACGAAUGCUACUGGAAUGCAGUCUCAGUGACAAGUUGUGUAUUGUCUGGCAGCACCAGUAUGAAAUCAUCAUCAUCCCAGCCCUUCUGGUUGGCACCUUCCUCAUCAUUCUUGGGGUCAUUGUGUGGCUUUUUAUCAGAGGAAAAAGAGCUCAACAACAGUCUCCUGGACUCCAAGGCAGUUCCGCUGUGCCCUCUAGGAGCCUAAAUGGGCAAGUAGGAGCACAGGGAGGAAGUGUGCUUGUGCCACUUAAGGAGACAUCGGUGGAAAGCCUUCUGAAAACUUCCACGCAGGCCCUGGCUGAGCUGCAGGUGCCCCGGGAGCAGCUCUCUGAAGUUCUGGAGCAGAUCUGCAACGGUAGUUGUGGGGCCAUCUAUCGAACCAAGAUGCACACUAGGGACCCUGCUAAGUCCAAGAUUAUUGUCCUCAAGGCUUUAAAAGAACCAGCUGCGCUCCACGAGGUACAGGAUUUCUUAGGGCGAAUCCAAUUCCAUCAGUACCUGGGGAAGCAUCAGAACCUGGUACAGCUGGAUGGCUGCUGCACAGAACGAGAGCCGCUGUAUAUGGUGUUGGAGGAUGUGGCCCAGGGGGACCUGCUGGGCUUUCUCUGGACCUGUCGCCGGGAUGUAAUGACCAUGAAUGGGCUACUCUAUGACAUCACAGAAAAACAAGUGUAUCACAUUGGGAAGCAGGUCCUGUCGGCUUUGGAAUUUCUUCAGGAUAAACAUCUGUUCCAUGGGGAUGUGGCAGCCCGCAAUAUUCUGAUCCAAUGUGACCUUACUGCUAAGCUCUGUGGACUGGGCCUGGCUUAUGAAGUCCACACCCAAGGGGCUAUCUACUCUGCUCGCACCAUACCUCUCAAGUGGCUUGCCCCAGAACGGCUACUGCUGAGGCCAGCUGGCAUCCGAGGAGACAUAUGGUCCUUUGGGAUCCUGCUUUAUGAAAUGGUGACACUAGGGGCACCACCAUAUCCUGAAGUCCCUCCUGUCAGCAUUCUACAGCAUCUCCAAAGAGGGAAAGUCAUGAAGAGACCCAGUAGUUGCUCACACACCAUGUAUAGUCUUAUGAAGUCCUGCUGGCGCUGGAAAGAGGACAGCCGCCCCUCACUUAAAGAGCUCUGCUUACGCCUAAACACUGCUGCUCGGACUGCCGAUGACAAAGUUGUGUUGCAAGUACCAGAGCUGGUGGUUCCUGAACUGUAUGCAAAUGUGGCAGGCAUCAGCGUGGAGAGCCUCUCCCACAGCUAUAGCAUCCAUUGAAAAUCCCGGGGCAUGAACAUAUAUGUGUGAUCAUAUGCUCUAGGAACCAAUUCCUCUGAGAACAGAGGAUGUACUUUCUAGUGGGACAUAAAGGGAGAAGUGUCACAUGCAGCCUGGGUCUCCCCCUAUACAUUUCCCUAGAUGGGUGAAAUGAUGCUGGGUGAGACGCUGCACACCUCUUACACUUAAAGUUGACAAAAUAUAGUUUCCUUUAUGCUGUCCCAGUCCUAAAGACUCAGGGCAGAAAUGGCGCACAGUGUCGCUACAAAGGAGGUUUUAGAAACCUGCCAUUUUGGAGGGGCAUGGCACAAAUAAGCUGCUCCCUCCCACCACAACCUAGUUCCCUCUUGAAGUAAGUUUUUUUCUAGACCAUUAUAAGGUCCAGGGAAAUUAUAAUCAAAUGAGCAAAUAGCCAAAAAAGGAGUUGAUGAGAAAGAAAACAAAGGUUCUUUUUGCUCAGGGAUAUAGAUGUGGACCAAGGUCAUCCUUCAAAGACAAGUUGGAGGAAAGACGUGAAGUUCCACCUAAUGGUUCCUUCAUGCAGGGCUGGGGGAGAACCAUGAGGGGAAAUUUCUGAGUUUCCCCCGUGCAUAGGUAAGAGAAAGAUGGUCCCCUUUUACCUAAUGCUGAGGCAGGUGAACCCUGUUGAUACUAUUUUUAACUAGGAGCUAGAGAGGUCAUUGUAUGAUUAAGAACAUUUCAACAUGUAUAUUUUUUUAUCAGACUAGCUUCCUGGUCUUUAUAAGACUAGGGGGACUGAGCCACAGAGAGGCUGAUGAUUAAUAUACGAUGUGUGUUUAAUAAAUGGGAAAGGCAGAAACCAAGCAAGAAUGCUUAGUAGGCCAGAAGGUCGACAAGGCCUAGCAAUGGAUACCCUAGAAAGAAGGAUGGCAGCUUCCUAUUUUCAGUCACCCAUCGAUGCACUGUGAAACUUAUUUCAUUAAAUUAAUAUUUAUUGAGUGAAAGUGGGUUUUCAGGUCUACAGCUGCUAAAAUCUCUACAGUAGGGAGGAUAAAAGUAAAUAAAUGGAAGUUAAUGUUGACAGAAAAAUUCAAGAGAUGAUCUACAUUGCUAGAAAAAGGAUAAAAUGGGUUUAAUACUUACCUCACAGGGUUGUUGUGAGGACUGAAUGAGAGUAUUUGUAUAGUAUCCGGCACAUAAUAUGUGCUUAAUAAAUGUUCAUUUCUUUUCUUUCCUCCUUCCUAUCCUA